ACAAGAUGCAGGACACUGCAGACUUCUCCUUCUUGAACACAAAUCGGGAGCACGCAGGUACAUAUUGGUGUCAGUACCGAGUGCCUUGGUCAGCAGUGGAAUCAGAGAAGAGUGAUCCUGUGGAGCUGGUGCUGACAGAUCGCAGUUUCCCCCCACCCAGCAUUUCCCUGAGCCCUGAGGAAUGUGUGGAGACAGGGACCAAUGUCACCAUCCAGUGCUGGAACAAGGACUAUGGGGCCGCCUUCCUCCUGCACAAGGAUGGGUGCUCAUCCCCCAUCCAAUGCCAGGACCUUGAUGUGGUGGGCACAGCCACCUUCACCAUCUUUGGGGUGACCCCAGCUGACAGCGGCACCUACAGGUGCUCCUACCGCCCCUGGGGUUACCCCUUUCUGUCCUCACCCCUUGGGAGUAAUGUGACUCUGGAGGUGACAACCACACCUGCACCCCCAGUAGAGACACCCAAACACCCGGACGCCACAGGUGCUGAGGAGCAGUCCCGUGCCAAUCUGGUGCUGGCACUGCUGAGGGGCUUUGUGGCUACACUCGUCGUUGGCCUUGCAGUUUUCUUCAUCGAUGCCCGCAGCCUCUGGAUGCAGAGAGAUGAGAACUGUG